AUAAUAACAAUCCAACAAAACGUAUAGGGAAAGGAAUCGUCGUCUGAAGAAAAACAAGUAAUUUAACCACCAACGAAAAGUACAAAAUAUGUCCCAGACAAGUGAUGCAACCCCACAAUCCACUCCCGGCAGUCAGGCUCUGAUAAAUUUCCACAAAAAGCCGCAAGCUGUGGAAGCAUUCAAACGGCCAUCCGAAAUUGGUGUGAUACGAAAGAAACCCAAACCCAAGAUUCUCACCGAAGAGAAGUACAUCGAAGAAAUAUCCAAAAUUAUACAGCGGGACUUUUUUCCCGAUCUGGAGAAGCUGAAGGCACAAAAUGAAUACCUCGAUGCAAUGGAACAGAAGGACUAUGCGCGGAUGGAAUCCAUUAGGGCUAAAUACAGUGGGAAGCAGCACAGUGAGAGGAGUAGAUCCAUGACCCCCGCCACUUUUGAAACACCUGCCAGUUUUGGCGAAAGAACACCACGCACCAACAGUGCAGCAGACACUCCCGGGGCGAGUUCCGUCACUUCCGAAACUUCACAAAAAUCAACCUCAGUGGCUGACAAACAUUCUUUGGACUCCUUUCUGCAGGCCUACACCAGUGAGGACAACGAUAGUUUCCAACAAAUUGUGGAUACUGCCGAUGCCAAGUUAAGACAGAAAUUCUCAGUCCUCUACAACGAAGAAAAACUGUCGGCUGAGAAAUUGGCCAGAGCCUUAACACUACCCAACAUAGAGAAACAAUUUGAAGAACCCGAUCCUAUGAGAUGUAUAGAGACAUGGAAUUAUACAAAUAAAAAUUCCAUAAUGUACACACCAGAUGGGGUAGAACUGACAGAAAAGGAGAAAAUCGAAAUGGCAAAUCGUCGUCAGGUGAUACAACACAGUGCCACUCGCCUACACACCACACCCUUUAAGGAUGAUGAUAAGGUGAAACCUAAAACUGGUUCCACAACAGAUACAACUACUGAAUUAACAGUUAUGGGUGAAACCAACAAUCCCAUGGCUCCACAAAUAAAUCGUUUUGAUUUACUAAAAACCCCUUCCCCCAGACCUGGUGAAGCCUUCUCGCCCCUCAUGACAUGGGGUGAAAUUGAAGGAACUCCCUUUCGUUUGGAUGGCUCCGAUACUCCAGUACGCCCCAAUGUGGGACCUUCAUUUAAAAUCAACGAAAACUCCCGCCGUGAAUCCAUUGCUUUGGCCUUAGCCGAAAAGGUUGGCGAAAAGAUGCGUGCCCAAAAGCGCAGAGCGAAAGAGACAGCACACACAAAUAUCUCCUCACCAUUUAUACGUUCAAAUAUGGAACGUUUAGCUUCUAUGUCACCGGCUGCGAGAAAUUUGGCAACCAUGAAACUGGGUAUACGUUCAACGCCCAGUAUGUUGACACCAUCGCCGCUGAGAACGCCAAAAUUGAAAGUGACACCGAAAACAAGCGCAGCCAGGAGUACGCCAGAUGUGGGAGUUAAAAAGUCCUCAGUUAAGGCCUCGCCAAGACUUGUGCCAAAAGUCUCUAUGGCAAAUAUUGAAUCAAAUCUUAGUGCAACUGGUGGAACGCUUACAGAUGAUUUGCUGAACAUACCCACAACUAAACGUGCCAGAGCGGCAGAUUUCUUCUAGCCGACUCCACAAGUAGUUAGAUGAGUAGAACAACGACCAAUGGGAAUUGUUAGAAUGAAUGUUUUGAAAUAUUUAAGGUACAUUAUGUUAACGCUUUACCCAGUGUUAGUGGGUAAGUUGGGAAUAAAUAGACACGUGCAAAAAAAUCGA